AAAAAUAUUUAUUACUGAUUUGACGUACAUGAUUUUAUUAAAUUUUUUAUUUUAUUAAAAAUGCCAUAAUAAUUAACAAACUUAAAAAAUGAUGAUUUAAAGUGUUGAACUAAGCAAGGUCAAUUCCGCACAGUUGGUGGUGUCAUGAAAGUGAGGGUCAAAGGAAAAGCGAUCGGUUCAGUAUAAAAGCCAACCAUUGAACCGAAAGUGAUCAUCAGUAAACGUUCAGCGAUCGAGUGAGCUCCAUCGAAACCAAGCCUAAACAUGAAGGUUUUCAUCGUCCUGUCGGCCGUAUUGGCCCUUGCCCUUUGCAACAGCGAGCUAGAGGCAAACAAGAAGGAUAAGCGCGGCAUCGUCGAGCUGAACAACGGCUACGACCAAUAUUACGGAGGACAAGAUCUGUACUACGGAAACGAUUACCAACACCAGGUGACGAACCAUGUCACGGUGACGAAGAAGGUUGCCGUCCCAUACCCGGUGGCCGUUGAGAAGCAGGUCCCAGUCGCUGUGAAGGUUCCGGUCCCGGUGCACGUAGAAAAGCAGGUUCCGGUCGUCGUUGAGAAGAAGGUCCCGGUGUACAUCGAGAAGAAGGUUCCGGUGCAUGUCGACCGUCCCUAUCCCGUCCCACUGAAGGUUCCGGUAAAGGUUCCGGUCUACCACAAGCAGGUUGUGGAGGUGGCCAAACCUUACCCAGUCCCGGUCGAGAAGUCGUACCCGGUGUACGUGAAAGAGCCACACUACGUCCACAAGGCGGUUCCUUCGUCGGUGUACGAGCACGAAUCCACUGUCUACAGCAGCCCGGUCUCCUACGAGCAUAAGGCCCUGUGGGGUUAAUCCCGAACAAAGGAUCAUAAAGUCCUUUUUUCAAAGCUUUUAUCGACCUCUCUGCACCAAAUGGCCAAUAUAUUCAUGUACAUAAAUACAUAUAAUCUUAAUCUAAUUUA